AUGGGUGGCGCAGAUUUUCACGCUUUUGCCGACGCUUUUGGGUCGCCAAUUCCAUUUUGCCAGGCUGUUCUGCGGGGUCCGGGAUUUGCGAGUAGUGGUGAAAGUUGGUCCGAGAGCUUGGAGGAAUUCGUGGCUGGGGGGAUUGUUGCUGCCAGUCGACACAAUGGUUUCGCCGGGUUGAAAAACUCGGACUUCGAAAGAUUUUUAUCUGCUGUAAUGUAUGAGCUUGGACUGAAAGCAGAACGCCACAUUCGUCAUCAAUUUCCAGAGGUUUUGGAGCAAGCGUUAUCGCAAUUAUCCCUGUCUGUGCCUACUUUGUUGCCGUUGGAUAUGGAGCUCCCGCAGCUUCUUAGGACAUCGCAACUUAAGUUUGGGACACUGAAGCGAGUUCAGACGGAAAAUCCAGGUUUUGGUUUUAUUGACGGCAAGGUUUUCGUUGAGUGCGCAUCGAAUCGAGAUGAAGAUGAGGAGUUUGUGAAGACUGUUGGACACGCUCCACCAGACAGCAUCGUUCAUAUUAUAAUUGUUGGUGACAUUCGGGAAAGCUCUCGAUCGACCGAGAAGCCGAGCGCUGUGCUCAGGGCGGACUUCCGGGCGAGGGUGGCAGAUAAUGAAACAAAGGUGGAAGGCGCGGUCAUCAUCCCUCCAAGCAGCCUGACUGGCAAAGGCGACGAGGCGGUGCUGCCCGCGGCGUCGUUUCCGGGAGUUCUCGGUCGUCGCAUCGACCGCAACGCUGCCAGCACAGUCGGCGAACACUUUUAUCGCGUCAUCAAUAGAUGGGGAGGCUCGGAGCAUAUCUCGGCCAUCAAGAACACGAAGUGGUGGCACCUUCUUGGCCUUAUUUCCGCACAUCCAAAGCACCCAUAUAUGACGUACGGAGCAGUCGGGAAUAAUAAAAUCAGCAGGAACACGGCGAAACUUUCCACCCCAAAAGAAACACGGCUGCUGCUCAUUGCCGUCGAUUACGACUUCGGUUUCAGUUGUGCCCUGCGAUUGAGAACCAGUCAACUGGCGUACCAAGCUGUCCAUACCCGCAUCCUGGAGGCACGUUUUGAUUGCAGCGUGAAGACCGUCAUACGUCACGGUGCCCGCACCAAUAGCUCUCUUUUCCAGCUCGGAAAUAAUAUCGCGGACCGCGUCGACUCGGGUUGCUUCGAUUUUGGUCACUGCCCAAUCGAGUCCGAGAGCAACAAUAGGGCAGAUACCUGGCUGCAGUGGGUUGGCAUGUACAUGUCGGGGAUCACGAGGGCGAUUGCCACCUUGAUCGUUCUUCAUAUGAGCGAAACUGGCUCUGUGGGUAUUAAGAGCAGAGUAGCUCAGUACUCCACCAUCCUUUCGCUCAAGUGUCACGAGCCAGGUGACGAAGUCUUUUGCUGUGAGAGCUGCAAAUUCAAGCGGCAUGAGGUGCCGAUCGAUGUCGAAGAAGAUGAACUAGGUGCUGAAGCUGUUUGA